AAACAUUUUGCGCACAGCGUACGAUUUCACUCAACACUACUGUGUAAGGUAUGGUAUAUGAUGGAUAUGACUAAGGAUUUUUCCGUGCAGACUGCAGACUGGGAGUACAAAGAACGACGGCUGAUAUUAUCUUUGUACUUAUAUUAAAAUACUUCCGUAUUGAAGAAUUAAACUUGACUUUUCUUUAAAAUUGGUUUUAGUAAUCAAACAAUUAGAAAGGAGUAAUGGCAUCUGGAGAAGCAAAAUUAGCUUGUUUGAGGGAGUUAAUGAAGAACGUGAUAGUUGAACAGAAACAAGGUAUACAAGCCUAUAUAAUCACAGGAGAUGAUGCACAUCAGUCAGAGUAUAUAAGAGAAAGAGAUAAAAGAAGAGACUAUAUAUCAGGGUUUACUGGUUCUCUGGGCACAGCCCUUGUAACAUAUGAUAAAGCUUUGCUUUGGACAGAUGGUAGGUAUUUUCUCCAAGCUAGCAAGGAACUAGAUCCUCCUAAUGCAUGGGUGCUAAUGAAGGAAGGUAUACCAGAUACUCCAACACUAGAAGAUUGGUUAAUACAAAAUUUACCUGCCAAUUCUAUAGUUGGAGCAGAUUCUAAUUUAAUCAAUAAUAAUACCUGGUGUCGGAUACAAAAGAAGCUAAAUUCUGCUGGGCAUAAAUUGUUACCUAUUGAGAAAAAUCUGAUUGAUGAAAUUUGGGGAGAAAAACGUCCAAAGGACAUAUUGAAUAAAGUCAAUCCUCAUCCACUAAUAUAUUCUGGCAAAACAGCUGGUGACAAGGUAAACUAUUGUUUUCAAACAAUGGAUGAAAAUAAAGUGAAUAUUCUUGUUUUAACAGCUCUGGAUGAGAUUGCUUAUUUACUUAAUUGGAGAGGUUCAGAUAUUCCUUACAAUCCAGUUUUUUUUGCUUAUGUUAUAUUAGCCUUUAAAAAAGUUCAUAUAUUCAUUAACGAAGAAAGACUGACCUCUGAAGCCAAAAAGCAAUUGAAUGAAGAAAAAGUAGAGUUUUCGAUUCAUCCUUAUAAAAGCGUAAGAAGAGUUAUAAACGAAAUAAGUUCUUCACAUAAACAGAAUAAAGUUUGGAUUUCAGGUAGUUCAAGUCAUGCAUUGCACAUUGCUUGUAAUCCAACACCUACUCACGUGGCUAUAACACCAGUCUGUUUAAUGAAACUAGUAAAGAAUGAUGCUGAAAUACAGGGAAUGAAAUCAGCACACAUUCGAGAUGCUGUUGCUCUAGUUAAAUAUUUUUCAUGGUUAGAAAACCAAGUGAAAAACAAUAUCUGUGUCACUGAAAUAUCAGGUGCAACACAAUUAGAGUCGUAUAGAAAGGAACAUGACAAAUACGUAGGGCUAAGUUUCCCUACCAUAUCUUCUGUUGGAAAACAUGGUUCCAUAAUACAUUACAAGCCAUCAGAAUCAACUGAUAUUGAAAUAAAUAGUCAAGAACUUUACUUGUGUGAUUCUGGAGCACAGUUUCUUGAUGGUACAACUGAUGUUACAAGAACCUUACACUUUGGUGUGCCUUCCGAAUUUGAGAAAGAAUGUUUUACCAGAGUUUUUAAAGGACAGUACAAUCUUGCCACAUCGAAAUUCCCAUCAAAGAUUAAAGGAAAUUAUCUAGAUGCAUUUGCUCGUAAAAAUCUGUGGGAUGUAGGUUUAGAUUAUCUUCAUGGAACUGGCCAUGGUGUUGGAUCUUACUUAAAUGUUCAUGAAUAUCCUGCAAUGAUAUCGUGGAGGCCAUAUCCUGAUGAUCCUGGAUUACAAUCUGGAAUGUUUCUAUCAAAUGAACCAGGUUAUUAUGAAGAUGAAAAAUUUGGAAUUCGCUUAGAAAAUAUAGAAAUGGUAGUAAAAGCGGAAACUAAGUAUACCAGACUAAACCGCGAAUAUUUGACAUUUGAGACUGUCACUCUAGUGCCAAUUCAAACUACUUUAUUGAAUAUAUCAAUGCUCACCGAAGAAGAGAUUCAAUACAUUAAUAAAUAUCAUUCAAAAUGUUGUGCAACUUUGGAGCCAUUUUUACAAGGUCCUGAAAAUAAUGAGGCUUUGAUGUGGUUGAAAAAACAAACUCUGCCUAUACAAAAAUAGAAAAUAAUUUAAUCACAAGUAUUUUUUAUAUGGCAAAAAGAAUAUUGAGAGUAUUAAAUUAAUUGAAUAAAAAAAAAAAAUCAGCAAUCGGAGCAUUAGUGUUCACAAACUUAAAAUUUUUUACGGAAAUGUUACUGAGUAUAUGCAUUUAUUAGUUGAUAAGUCUGGAUCAGUUAUAAGUAUUUUUGUAUUGUAGAGGAGCCUAUACGUACAAGUAAAACUGAGGUCACAUCUAUUAAAUUAUAUUUAGUAUUAUCUGGUUUUAAUAAAUAACAAAUGAAGAAAAAUACUAUUGUUGAUUGUCUAUCUACAUAUCUAUUGAAUGUUUCUUAUGUAUUCUAAAUGAACAAACAUGUUAUUUUGAUUAAGCGUACGAGCGUAACGAGGGAGAUUUCGUCGUGCCAGAAAAUGUCAUAACACGCGUAUCGUACAAUAUUUAAUAGCAGCUUUAAAUACGCCAAGGCUCGACCCUUAUACAUGUCGUAGUGCCAGAAAAGAAUACUUACGACACGGAUAAGCGUGGCAGAUGUGGAUUUAAGUAACCCUCUAAGACACGUUUACGAAACAAAACACUUUGAUAACGUUAGGCAAUAUUAUAGAUGACUAAUAAUGCGAGGAUUCAAUUUUUAUAAGAAAUGAUUUAAUUAAUAAUCUAUUCAACACGUAGCAUCAUUAUACACGUUGAUCUUAAAUAAUAAUAUAAUUUACGUACAGAUUUUGGUAAUAAAUUGGAUCAUAUCA